GAGAAAGCUCGGGGUGGGAAAAUCGCAUGGGGGGUGUUUUCUUGGAAAGCGUCUUAUAAACCGGACUGCAUUGGAAAAGAAGGAAGGAAGGAAGGAAGGAAGGAAGGAAGGCGGCGAUAUAUAUAUAUAUACAUAUAUAUUUUUAAGGCGCAAGGAAACCACCGCUGGGGCGAAGACAAACCGAGCGAUUCGGGGGAGGCUGCCUGCCUCCAGGAUUUGCUCUCCAAGGCAGGCGCGCUCGUGCGCCUCCGCUUUCUUUCCGCGCUGCCGCCGCCGCCGCCGAUGAACUGCCCACCCGCCUUAUAGCUUCUUCCUUUGUGUCUGAUUUUUUUUUUUUUGGUUGUGGUUUUGGGGAGGGGGGGUGCUUCUUUGCCUCCCCCUUCCCUCCUCCUCCCCCCCCGCGCCCCCGCUUCGAGAGCAGAAAGGAAAGGAAGAGGAGGGCGCGAUCCCCAUACGAUCCACCGGGACUACCAUGCCCACUUCGUUGUUUGCGGACAUGGAGCGGAAUGGGAGCGGCGGCGGCGGCGGAGGAGGAGGAAGAGGAGGAGAGACCCUGGAUGACCAAAGAGCCCUUCAGAUCGCCUUGGAUCAACUCUCCCUCCUCGGCUUGGAUGGCGACGAGACGGGCUCCCUUUUCGAGAACGAGCCGCGCAAAAAGAGCGUGAACAUGACCGAAUGCGUCCCGGUGCCCAGCUCGGAACACGUCGCCGAGAUCGUGGGCAGGCAAGGUUGCAAAAUCAAAGCGCUGAGGGCCAAGACCAACACCUACAUCAAGACGCCGGUGCGGGGAGAGGAGCCGCUCUUCGUGGUGACGGGCCGGAAGGAGGACGUGGCCAUGGCCCGGCGGGAGAUCAUCUCGGCGGCGGAGCACUUCUCCAUGAUCCGCGCCUCCCGCAACAAGAGCACCGUCUUGAACGGCGCGGUGCCCAGCCCGCCCAACCUGCCCGGCCAGACCACCAUCCAGGUGCGGGUGCCUUACCGGGUGGUGGGCUUGGUGGUGGGCCCCAAAGGAGCCACCAUCAAGCGCAUCCAGCAGCAGACGCACACCUACAUCGUCACGCCCAGCCGGGACAAGGAGCCCGUCUUCGAAGUGACCGGCAUGCCGGAGAACGUGGACCGCGCCCGGGAGGAGAUCGAAGCGCACAUCGCCAUGCGGACCGGCGGCCUGGUCGAGCUGACGGACGACAACGACUUCCACGCCAACGGCACCGACGUGGGCUUCGAGCUGGGCGGAGGGGGCGCCGGCAGCCUCUGGAGCAAGCCCACCCCGGCCCCGCCGCCCCCGCCCGCGUCCUCUUCCUCCUCCUCCUCCUCUUCCUCCUCCUCCUCCUCCAGCAGCAUCACCCCGACGCCGGUCCGCAAGCCCUUCUGCAGCUACCGCAACGACAGCUCCAGCUCGCUGGGCAGCGCCUCCACCGACUCCUACUUCGGCGGCGGCGGCGGCGCCGCCCGCUUGGCCGAUUACAGCCCUCCCAGCCCGGCCUUCCCGCACAGCGGCGGCCCCGCCAGCAACGGCUACGGCAGCAGCAGCAUUAGCGGCGGAGGGGGCGUCGUCUACGGGGGCCCCGCGGAAGGCCUGGCCUCGCCCGAUUGCGCCGUCGCCGCCGAUCUGCCGGCCUUCGAUUCCCCGCCGGGCUUCGACCUGGCCCCGGCUCCCCCGCCGCUGAUGUGGUCGCAGUACGAGCGCAGCCUGGCUUCGCCCAACCCCGCCGCUUUUCCCGGCUCGGCGCCGCCUCCCCCCACCGCCGCCGCCGCCGCCGCACCUGGCCCUGCUGGUGAGUGGCGGGCAGAGGCGGGGGUCCCGCCGGCCCCGCCCCCGACGCGCCUGUCCCCGCCCCUGCACGCCGGCGCGGGGGGCGGGGCGCUGGCGGCCGCCGAGCAGCACCCUCUGGCGCGCCGGGUGCGCAGCGAUCCGGGCGGGCGCUUCUUGGCCGCCGCCGUAGCCGCCGCCGCCGCCUCGUGCUCGCCGCCGCCGUCGUCGUCCUGCUCGUCCUCCGCCUCCCCGCCGUCGUCGUCCUCCUGCUCCUUCCCGCUCUACGCCAACGGGCUGGGCUGCCACCUGCCCGGCUUGCCCUCCGACUGCUCGUCGUCGGCGUCCAGCUCCUCGUCCAGCUCGUCCUCCUCCAGCUCGUCCAGCUGCUCCUCCUCGUCGUCGUCGUCCGGCCUGCGGCGCAAGGGCAGCGGGCGCGACUGCUCGGUCUGCUUCGAGAGCGAGGUGAUCGCGGCGCUGGUGCCCUGCGGCCACAACCUCUUCUGCCUGGAGUGCGCCAACCGCAUCUGCGAGAGGAGCCAGCCGCGCUGCCCCGUCUGCCACAGCGCCGUCACGCAGGCCAUCCGCAUCUUCUCCUGAGCGCCCCGCGCCGGGCCAGGCGGCGCCGCCUCGACGGCUGGGGGAGGCUGGCAGGAGGGGCUUGGAAAGGGGGCAGACGGGUGAAGGUGGCGAGGGAUCCUAUCCCGUAUAUGGGUGUGUAUAAUGUAUCUAUGUGUG